UGCUGCAGCAAUGAAAGAAGAGGGGACAAUCGAGGCAAAGCCGCGGAUGUGCUGUAGGAUUUGAUAGAGAAAAACUAAACAUUUUCAGAGCCAGUACGGGGAGCUUGCAGCUCUGCCGUGUUUAUUGUCGGUUUUUCUGUGUCCAAGGAGAACCCAGGCGAGACAGAGAAGAGACAGUGGUGUACGGCCCACUGCAGUUUGAAUCACCGGAGACUCGCCCCGUCGAUGAUUUGCGGUCAUUUGUCUUUCGACGUGUGCAUCUCCUCGAAGGCAAAGCAAACAGCGGGGACGGACCAGAACCGAGCCCGGCGUUGUUGGGACUCCGUGCCGCAGCCCGAGGCUCGCUGCUAGGCAGAGCAUGCUAAAUAAUGAGCCAAAGGGACACAUUGGUUCAUUUGUUCGCCGGAGGAUGUGGUGGAACAGUGGGCGCUAUUCUGACUUGUCCUUUGGAAGUAGUCAAGACCAGGUUGCAGUCUUCUUGCAUUACGCUUUACGUCCCUCAAGUUCAGCUCAGCACCUUCAGCGGAGCCAGCGUCACCCGGGUUUCUCCACCGGGGCCUCUGCACUGUCUCAAGUUAAUUUUAGAAAAAGAAGGACCCCGUUCACUAUUUAGAGGACUGGGUCCAAACCUUGUAGGUGUGGCACCUUCCAGGGCAAUCUACUUUGCAGCCUAUUCAACAGCCAAGGAGAAGCUGAAUGGAGUUCUGGAGCCAGACUCGACCCAGGUGCACAUGGUGUCUGCUGGGAUGGCAGGGUUCACUGCCAUCACAGCCACCAACCCUAUCUGGUUGAUCAAAACCCGUAUGCAGCUGGACUCCAGAAACCGGGGAGAGCGGCGUAUGAAUGCGUUCGAGUGCGUGCGGCGGGUGUACCAGAUGGAUGGUCUACGAGGUUUCUACAAAGGAAUGUCGGCGUCGUACGCCGGCAUUUCAGAGACUGUUAUCCACUUUGUGAUUUACGAAAGCAUCAAGCGUAAACUGCUGCAGUCCAGAGUCCACAGCAGCAUGGACGAAGAGGAUGAGUCUAUUAAAGAUGCCUCGGACUUUGUAGGCAUGAUGCUCGCAGCAGCUACUUCCAAAACAUGUGCCACCUCCAUCGCUUAUCCUCAUGAAGUGAUUCGCACACGGCUACGAGAGGAAGGCAGCAAGUAUCGCUCCUUCUUUCAAACUCUGCUGAUGGUACCCAAAGAGGAGGGAUACGGGGCGCUGUACCGCGGCCUAACCACCCACCUCGUCAGACAGAUUCCUAACACUGCUAUCAUGAUGUGCACCUAUGAGGUGGUUGUCUACCUGCUUGGCCGUUAGCAGAGACCUCCUUUCUGUUUUACAAAGGAAGCAAAGAACUGAGAGGGAUGCUGUUUUGGCUUGAAAUGGUGGGUUUUACAUGUCAAAUGAAGACCAAAGGAAAUCUGAAGAUGCUUUAGUGGACCAGAAUCCGAUGAAGACGCACAGCUUUUUAGUACAUCAUCAUCACGUCCUCCAGAGAAGAGACGAGGCACUAAAAGGAGACACAGAAGCAGUGCGGCAUCUUUCGAAGCUGUUUUAAAGGAAAUCAGCGGCCUUCGAAAAGUAGUUAGUCCGUAUCCAUCUGUACGUUUGAGGGUUAGUGAAAAACAUCUUUUUAAAUAGUGUUUUAGACGUUGUGAGAGAGGAAUGCAUGAAGACAACUUAAGAGAUUAACGUAGAUCAGUUUCCAACCUGUUCGGCACCUUUGUAUUAAACUGCACUUUCUCUUGUAUUGAAAGGAAUGUCCAUUGAAGUUGGAAUCUUAGAAGAAGGAGGUUGAAUUUGAAACAAAGAUGUCUGUAUUCGUUUUGGUCAUCUGAACCACUCUUGGUGACGCUGCAGAGAGUUAGUCUUCAUAUAUUCUCCUCUGAACUCUACAGCUGCCUCUCAGAUGACCAACUGGUAUGAAACGAUGGUGAGCUUGUUCACGUAGCUCAGACCCUUAAGUUAAAAAUAUGACCUUUAUUCAGUGUUUAAUUCAUCCUGAGCUCAUUGACAGUUGUAUAGUUUUUAUUGGGGUUAGCUAGUAUAUUUGGUUUUUAUUUGUUAAAACUAGUAAUGGCGGCCAUUGCUGAGCACAAAAGUACAGCCUCUUAAAAACAGAAGGCUGUGUCUUUUUGUUUUGAAAGUUGAAGCCUGUGUUGGGUUGUACUUGUGUCCAAAAGGUACUGAGUGUCUUUUGUUAGAGAGUUGCUACUUGAAUCUAAUGUGACAGUUUGGAAAAGUGUUGGGAGUGGGAAGAUACUGAGAGUCACUUACAGCCUCUGUGUGCGUGUGUUUAACAAGAUGGAUGAUGCGUUCGUGUUGAAGAAUGUGUGCGUACCUGCAUGUGUCAUAAAUACCCAUCAGCUCACUGUUAAUUUUGUAAUACACUGCAGUUUGGAGUGGAGAGGCUCCAGUCAUGCCAGUUAUUCCUUACCAGUGGUUUCCAACUGACCUGAUGCACUUUGUGGCCUUUUAGGGCUUGUGCUUUGCUUUUUAAUGUGUGGACGGACUAAACUUGUACAUUGUAAAAGAAAAAGAAGUAUUACUGUAUUUCAGAUUUUGCGCAACGGUUCUUAUAGCGGAUGUAUGUAUAGUUUAGAGUUCUCGUUUGUUGUGAAGGACAGAUCUAGACGUUUGUAAAUAAUAUAACGUAAAAGCAUAUCUGUUUUUGUUUUCCUCUGAGCCCCACUUCUGAUCAUGCUGUAGUUUGCCUUUGCUGAAGAUUGUUUUUAUUUUUGUGCAAUUGAACCCAUUUUGACAUUGACUGUUGACAUGAAUAUUAAUACCGCUUGGCUUCUUUUUUUCCUACUGUGUUUGUACGUUACAAAAAUGUGCCGU